CUCGCCCAUAGGACAUCACCGUGGUGGUCCUGUCGACAUGGGCUAUAACCGCUGGCCCACCAUGCCGCCGCGCGUCCGGUAGUCCUUCGGUUCAUCAUGUCGCGGCGCGACAUGCUCAGGUGCAAGCGAGGAGCGCCUCAGCGCUUAACUCGAGACUCUUAGCGGCCAAUCCCCCCAACUACGCCGUACCUCUACAUUCCUCCCGACUAGCACAGCGACAAUAUGCCGCUGCGAUUAUCGUUAUCGUUGCGCUUGUAGGGCGUCGCGUGGAUGAUUGAAGCAGGAUCGACUUUGUGGGAGCAUGUAGGCGGCAAUCCACCGAUGAUGCAGUUAACUCAAGAACGAUUUCUGCCCCUUAGAGACGCACGCUUGUACCACGUUACGGCUACCGUCGGUCACAGACAUACAGUAUGAGCCAUAAACUACUACCCCCAAUUCCUACACAAUCGAGACACUACCUCGCCUCGGAAUCGCGUGAAGCUAGCAACGACGAUGCUCCUCCGUCGUACCGCGCAUCUGUUCAAAAGCCCGCACCACUGGAUCUUCCACAGCGCAUUGAGAGAAAACUAGCCCAGUACAACGCAUCCCAGAGCCUUUUCAGGCGCUGGCUAUUCGAGAUCAUUAGCUGGACAACAAGUGCUGUGUGCAUGGGAGCCAUUGUCGGCAUUCUCAUAUACUCUCGGGACCGCCUUCUGAGCGAACGGAGCUUCGCUCUUGCCACCUACAAUGUACUAUCAAAAGUUGCUUCCGCAGCCCUCAUACUUCCCAUAUCGGAAGCCAUUGGGCAAUUGAAAUGGGCCUGGUUCCAGGGCGAUAAGUCAAAGGAAAUGAUCGACUUCGAGAUAUUUGACAAGGCUUCACGAGGUGCCUGGGGUUCCUUCCUACUUCUCUUCCGUACGAAGGGACGGUCCCUUGCAGCACUUGGUGCAGUCUUGACACUUCUUCUACUCGCGACUGAUACUUUUUUCCAGCAAGUCACUGAUUAUCCAGAUCAGUGGGCCUUGGAGCACCUUGGUGGCGCCAUUCCUCGAGUUGUCCGAUACAAUCCUUUUUAUACGCCGGAGUAUUUCGAAGGCCUAGAGACCACGUUCAUAAACCCAGCUAUGCGUCCUGUCGUGGGACAGUUCAUGAUCAACAAUGGCACUCCACCAAUGCUUUUUGGCAACGGAACAAGACCAGAAAUUCCGUUGACUUGCCCAAGCAGCAACUGCACUUGGCCUGAGUAUAGGACUUUAGGGGUGUGUAGCAAAUGCGUGGAGGUUUCGGAUAUCCUUCGGUACGCUUGUCUCAUGACAAGUGUAGACUGGAGCACAAAUCAUAUCGGCCCUCUCGACAGCUCACGAUAUCCAAACAAGACUGCAUGUGGUUACUUUCUCAACGCGACAUCUGCCUCUCCGGUUCUCAUGUCGGGGCGUAUUAUUGAGGAUGAUCGGAACGAGUCUACAGUGGGCGAAUCCUUACUUGUUCGCUCUAUACCUCUGACAGAUAUGAUCAACAAAACACCGCUAUUUGGAGGAUCUAUCAACUUCAAGCAUCUGAGAAAUCCGAUUCUGGACGCCUUAAUAGUUUCGGCUGCAAACGGUGCUGAUAGCAUUCUACGUAACGACACUCCUGUUGCGCACGAGUGCGUUCUUGCGUGGUGUGUUCAAACCCUACGAUCAUCUUAUGCUUUGGGUGGAUACAAAGAAGAGAUAUUGACAAAGCUUUUCAACACAACUUCGGGUCCGUGGCCCUGGGAUGCCUACCGUGUCAACAUCACUGAGGACUACGGCACAAUGAACAUCUACAAAGAGGACAUCAAUAUCAUUACUCCUGAGCCCACGCCUGACGCGAUCGAACCUGCCCUUCUGCAGGCCACGUAUGGCAUGUCAAACACAACUACUUCCUACAUCGCCCAGGCAUUCGACGAUUACUUUCCUUCAUCCUAUACAGCUUUGUCUUCCUCUGAUCGACCAAUGCUUCGAUAUAAGAACUUUCUUGCUGGCCCUAACCUGCGAAAGCUACAAUUCAACCCUUUUCAGGCGCCAAACAACAUUACUCGCCACAUGGAAAGGCUAGCCAUAGCCAUGACCAAUGUUAUGCGAUCUGACGUGGACAGUAAUGACAUUAUUACUGGCCAAGCUUACAACAAGAAGCAGUUUGUUGUAGUACGAUGGGAAUGGCUCACUUUCCCCUUGGCACUGCUUGUGCUUAGUCUCGCGUUCUUAGUAGCAACAAUCGUGAAGACUUCUAGAGGUGACCACGAAGAACUAGGGAUCUGGAAGACAUCCGCGAUGCCAGCCUUGAUAUAUAGUCUUCCUGAAAAUGUACAGAGAGAACUUGAGGGCCGGACCUCAGAAGGAUUUGGAGAUUCCGAGAAGGCGAAGAAAGUUAAGAUUCAGCUUCUACCCAGACAUGGCUGGAGAGUGUCUGGUCAUACAUUGACGACACCCAGUUUCAGGAGAGGUUUGAAUCAUCAACCGCCUCCUGGAUGGAUUUGAAAUUGCGAAUUCCAUCGUCUCUGCCCUCAAUCAUUGUGCCACCCCACGUAUCAAAGUACUAUCCUUGUUCUAUAAUACUGAGAUCGUCAGGAUUGUGACGCUCGCACAAUCUUGUAACCACUGUGUAUGUAAGUAGACCCUGGUUGCUGACCUU